CAAAUCGUCGUCAGAUUGUCGUGAUGACCGUGUUUAUGAAGCUGCGCGAUGUGUCUAAAAGUCACUCAACAGCUGAUAAAUGAGGAAUAAAUGACCCGCAGGCCUGACGAAACACACGGACAGAGUGAAGAACGCCUUCCCGAAGCGCUCAGCGGUGUGUACGGAGAAACUGAUGUCCAGAAUAAAGCAUGAGCUGCAGUGACCGGCGGACUGUGCUCGUCACUGGAGGAGCUGGAUUCAUCGGGUCUCAUCUGAUCUGUGCUCUGGCUGUGCGGUUUCCUCACUGGAGGAUCAUCAAUGUUGAUAAUCUCCAAUAUUGCUCCAACCUGAAGAACCUGCGCUCAGUCCAGGCCAGCAGCUCUUACACCUUCAUCCCGGGCGAUGUGUGUGAUCCUCUGUUCAUCAAGCAUCUGUUUUCUACUGAACACAUUGAUGUGGUCUUCCACUGCGCUGCUGAAACUCAUGUAGAGAACUCCUUUGUGUGUCCGUCUCGCUUCAUGCGUGUGAAUGUGGAUGGCACUGCGGUGUUGGUACGAGCGGCGCUGGAGGCCAGAGUGCAGCGCUUCAUCUACAUCAGCACUGAUGAGGUGUACGGAGACAGUGUAGAGCAGCCCUUUGAUGAACUGAGUCCUAAAAGACCCACAAACCCCUACUCCAGAUCCAAAGCUGCAGCCGAGAGCAUCGUCACCAGCUACUGGCUCAAGCACAAGUUUCCAGCAGUGAUCACGAGGAGCAGUAAUGUGUACGGGCCACGGCAGCAUCAUGAGAAGGUCAUUCCCAGAUUCCUCUCGCUCAUACAGCAGCAGCAGAAGUGCACUAUCCAGGGCUCCGGACUGCAGUCCAGACACUUCCUAUAUGUCUCUGAUGUCACCGAUGCCUUCUUGACGGUGAUGGAGAAGGGCAUUCUGGGAGAAAUCUACAACAUUGGAACUGGCUUUGAGAUUCCCAUCAUUCAGCUGGCCAGAGAACUGGUCCAAAUGAAAGUCAAGAGCGUCUCUGCUGAGUCUCUGCACGACUGGCUGGAGUUUGUGGAAGAUCGCCCUGUGACAGAGCUGCGAUACCCCAUGAGCUCUGCGAAGCUGCACAGACUCGGCUGGAGACCCAGAGUGGCCUGGACAGAGGGAAUCAGACGCACCGUUCAGUGGUACGAGGAGAACCCAAACUACUGGCCGAUAAUCAGCAAGCAUCAGAUGAAUCUACCAGAGUCAUGUCAUCAAAUUCCUCAUCCAGUCUGAUAAUUAUUGAACAGCCAGCUGUAGUAUUUAAUUAUAGUCAUAUUUGAUUCUGUGAUUGAUUAGUAUGAUUUAUCCUGAUGACAGAUGCUCCAGCAGCUCUUAAUAAAGCGUCAGUCGUGAUGUGAAUGAUGAUCAGUCAGAGAUUUUAGACUGUUAAUGUAUAAUGUGUACAUUUAUUAGAACAUUUCCUCAUCAAGGCAGCAACAUUAAAGAGGACCAAAUCAGAUUUGAGCCUUUUAAUCAAAUGUUGAUGCAGAUUAUUCAUUAUAUAAACCUCAAUAGACAUCAUUUGUAUGAUUAUAUGUAUAGAAACGUUUUUAUGCUUUAAUAAAACAAUAUUACAGUGA